UUUUCAAUGACAUUUCCAGCUAUUUUCAUAAAACGUCAUUUUUUUGUAAACAAAAAAUUUGUAAAAUUAUAAAUUAUAAAUAAUGGAAAACAAAAUUAUUAUUUAUCCCAAAACAAAGCCACUAAGUCCCCCAGAGUUGAUUGCCCAACGUAACAUUUCCAUUGGAUCUCUCAGAACUGGACUUAAAAAAACAUCACCUACUGGAACAAACGAAGAAUCUGAAGAAUUAUCCAAAAUCUAUGAGGAGUUAGAAAAACAAUUGUCAAUUCCAAGAAUCGACCGAUUAGAUGGUAGAUCCAAAGGUCAAUGGGAUGAUAAAAGAAAUGCAGUUAAAAUUUUACAAAAAGAAGGCAAAUUUAAUGUAUUUGGUUAUUCAUUGAAUGGUAAUAUCUAUUUGGAACCAUAUGAAGCUUUAUUUUUACUUGAAUUAAAUCGAAUUGAUAUUUCCUAUUACUCGAUGACAAUGUCCAUUGAACAAGGUUAUCUUCUUCUUCUUGGAGAAGAAAACAGUCUAAACUACAACAACUAUUUAGUUUAUUCAUUAUUCUCUCGAAUUGGUUAUAUUGUUCAGAAAUACCAGAACAUGAUGUUUUCAGAAAAUCCAGCAACAAUCGAAGAUUGUAUUUGGACUCUUCUCGAAAAUUGUCUACAAAAUAAACCAAUUCCCGAUCGAAUUAGUAAUUCAGAACAUUUUACACAAAUCCAGAAUUCAAUGGUUGAUAUUCGAAGAAAAAUAAUAAACCAAGAAAAUCAGAUUGAUACAAAUGAACCAUAUGAACCAUUUAUGGGAAAGAUAAAAUCUACUGGGAAGAGAAAAGUAGACACAAAUGACUCCGGUGGACCCAACAAAAGACCACGAUUACAAUAUGAAUUGUUUGACAAACAAAAAAGUUUCAUUGAAAUGUUAAAAAAUGAAGAUGAUUAUAAGAAAUUUGAAGAAAUCUUCCAGAGUUUCGAUAUAAUCAAACUGAAACCUCAAUUUGAGUAUGAUGAUGAAAUCCAGUUGAAUGACUUGGAAAUCCAAUUUGAUAUUCAUCUGCAUAACGACAACUUUAGAAAGUCCGAACCAAAGUUACCUGCAUUUCGAUUGGCUAUUUUAGAUAAGAAUCAAGUCUUUCCAAGUAGAUCGGUUAUAUCAAAGUGCUACCAUAAGCAGAAGCACAAAGUGCCUGUUUUGGUGGUGUCAGUCAGUGAAUCGAAGCAUAUUCAAGCGUUUUUAUAUUAUUUUACUUAGAAAAAAUGAAUAAAUUGUGGAAUAAGCUUUGGAAA